UCUCCUUCUUCUCCUCCUCCUCCUGCGGAGGCCAGCUCUCCCUCUCCGCCUCUUGCCGCCUCCGAAGCAGAAGGAGCCAUGCAGAGGUCGCCGCUGGAGAAGGCGAACGUGUUCUCCAAGCUGUUCUUCAGGUGGACCAAGCCUAUUUUGAAAAAGGGUUACAGACAGCGCCUAGAAUUAUCAGAUAUUUAUCAGAUCCCUGCCGCAGAUUCUGCAGAUAAUCUUUCUGAAAAAUUGGAAAGAGAAUGGGACAGAGAGUUGGCUUCAAAGAAAAAACCUAGACUCAUCAAUGCUCUCAGACGCUGUUUCUUUUGGAGGUUUACAUUCUAUGGAAUAAUACUAUAUUUAGGGGAAGUUACUAAAUCUGUGCAGCCACUUUUACUGGGAAGAAUAAUAGCUUCAUAUGAUCCUUCCAAUUCGCUUGAACGAUCAAUAGCUUACUAUUUAGCCAUAGGACUAUGCCUUCUCUUCAUUGUACGGAUGUUGCUUCUUCACCCAGCAAUAUUUGGCUUGCAUCACAUUGGAAUGCAGAUAAGGAUAGCCAUGUUCAGCUUAAUUUAUAAAAAGACCUUAAAAUUGUCAAGCAGAGUCCUAGAUAAAAUAAGUACCGGGCAACUCGUUAGUCUUCUUUCAAACAAUCUGAAUAAAUUUGAUGAAGGUCUAGCCUUGGCUCAUUUUGUGUGGAUAGCUCCUUUGCAAGUGGUGUUGCUUAUGGGGCUUCUCUGGGAGAUGUUGCAGGCUUCAGCGUUUUGUGGACUUGCUCUCCUAAUUGUCGUCGCUCUUUUCCAGUCCUGGCUUGGACGAAUGAUGAUGAAAUACAGAGAUCAGAGAGGAGGGAAAAUCAAUGAGAGACUUGUGAUCACCUCAGAAAUGAUUGAAAACAUACAAUCAGUCAAGGCAUACUGUUGGGAAAAUGCAAUGGAAAAUAUGAUUGAAAACCUGCGAAAAAGUGAACUGAAGCUGACCCGAAAAGCUGCUUAUGUGAGAUAUUUCAAUAGCUCAGUAUUCUUCUUCUCUGGAUUUUUUGUGGUGUUUUUGGCUGUGCUUCCAUAUGCACUGAUUGAUAAAAUUAUCCUCAGGAAAAUAUUUACCACCAUCUCAUUCUGCAUUGUCCUUCGAAUGGCCAUCACAAGGCAGUUUCCUUGGGCUGUGCAGACAUGGUAUGAUUCUCUUGGAGCAAUAAACAAGAUACAGGAUUUCUUGCAAAAAGAAGAAUACAAAACUCUGGAAUAUAAUUUGACAACUACUGGUCUGGAAUUGGAUAAAAUAACAGCUUUCUGGGAUGAGGGAAAUGGGGAGCUGUUUACAAAAGCCAAACUGGAAAAUGGCAGUAGAAAAAUAUCAACAACUAGUGAUGGUCUCUUCUUCAGCAACUUCCAACUUCAUUUUGCUCCUGUUCUUAAAGACAUCAGCUUCAAAAUCGAGAAGGGGCAGCUGCUAGCUGUUGCUGGGUCGACAGGAGCAGGCAAGUCUUCUCUCCUGAUGUUGAUCAUGGGUGAGUUGGAGCCUUUGGAAGGCAAAGUGAAACACAGUGGAAGAAUUUCCUUCUGCCCUCAAGUAUCAUGGAUCAUGCCUGGGACAAUUAAAGACAAUAUCAUCUUUGGAGUUUCCUAUGAUGAAUUCCGAUAUAAGAACGUCAUCAAAGCUUGUCAGUUAGAAGAGGACAUUUCAAAAUUUCCAGAAAGGGAUGAUACAGUUUUGGGAGAAGGUGGAAUCACCCUCAGUGGUGGCCAGCGAGCCAGAAUCUCCCUAGCCAGAGCAGUGUAUAAGGAUGCUGACUUGUAUCUCUUGGAUUCCCCUUUUGGUUAUUUAGACAUGCUAACAGAAAAAGAAAUAUUUGAAAGUUGUGUGUGCAAGCUCAUUGUGAACAAAACAAGAAUCCUGGUCACUUCAAAACUGGAACAUUUAAAGAUAGCAGACAAAAUAUUGAUUUUACAUGAAGGAACAUGCUAUUUCUAUGGAACAUUUUCUGAGCUUCAGGGUCAACGACCCAACUUCAGCUCUGAGCUGAUGGGAUUUGAUGCUUUCGAUCAGUUCAGUGCAGACAGAAGGAACUCUAUUUUGACUGAAACACUGCGGAGGCUGUCUAUUGACAGUGAUGGAAUGGGCUCACGAAAUGAAAUGAAGAUCCCUUCUUUUAAGCAAACAUCGGAUUUUACUGAGAAAAGGAAGAAUUCUGUGAUGAAUGCACUGAACUCAAGCCGAAAAUUUUCUCUUAUACAAAAAACACCACUGCAGGCUAAUGGUAUAGAAGAAAGUCUUGGAGAACCAGUUGAAAGAAGGUUGUCUUUGGUGCCUGACUCUGAACAAGGGGAGGCAAUUUUGCCACGAAGCAAUGUACUUAAUCCUGGCCCCACAUUCAGAGGACCAAGGAGGCAGUCUGUGCUUAACUUGAUGACCCGAACCUCUGUUCAUCCUGGACAGAGCUUUUACACAAAGAACAGUGUAUCAGUACGUAAAAUGUCUGUAGUUCACCAGGCUUCUGAGAUAGAUAUCUAUGCCAGGCGCUUGUCUAGGGACAGCAUGGUAGAAAUCACUGAAGAACUUAAUGAAGAGGAUUUAAAGGAAUGUUUCUUUGAUGAUUCUGAGACAAUGAACACUGUUACAACAUGGAACACAUACUUCAGAUAUAUUACCAUCCACAAAACGUUGCUUGUUGUGUUAAUUAUGUGCGUAGUUAUCUUUUCAAUUGAGGUGAGAAUAAUGACUUUAUAACCUAUCUCUCUUGUUCCAGAAAAUACUACCACAAAUGUAACAAAGUCAACCAACGCUACCUCUGAAAAUGCUGGCAUUGUUGUUACCGAGUCUAGCAGCUAUUACAUCUUCUACAUUUAUGUGGGAGUGGCAGAUACUCUACUGGCCAUGGGAGUCAUCAGAGGCAUACCCCUCGUGCACACUCUGAUAACAGUUUCUAAAACUCUUCAUCACAAGAUGUUGCAUGCAGUCCUUCAGGCACCCAUGUCUUCCUUGAACAAGUUGAAAGCAGGUGGGAUACUUAACAGAUUUUCAAAGGAUAUAGCGAUACUGGAUGACCUGCUACCACUUACCAUAUUUGACUUCAUCCAGUUAAUAUUAAUUGUGAUUGGUGCAAUAUUAGUAGUCUCAGCUAUCGAACCGUACAUCUUCUUAGCAUCUGUGCCUGUGAUAGCAGCCUUUAUAAUGUUAAGAGCAUACUUUCUGCACACUUCUCAGCAGCUGAAGCAACUGGAAUCUGAAGCUAGAAGUCCAAUUUUCACCCAUCUUGUUACGAGCUUAAAGGGGCUUUGGACAUUGAGAGCUUUUGGCCGGCAACCGUAUUUUGAGACUCUGUUUCACAAAGCCUUGAACUUGCAUACAGCAAACUGGUUCCUGUAUUUAUCCACAUUACGUUGGUUCCAGAUGAGGAUAGAAAUGAUUUUUGUCAUCUUCUUCAUCAUUGUGACAUUUGUUUCUAUUGCUACUACAGGCAAUGGGGAAGGAGAAGUUGGCAUUAUUCUUACCUUGGCAAUGAAUAUUAUGGGAACCUUGCAGUGGGCAGUAAACUCAAGCAUCGAUGUAGAUAGUUUGAUGCGGUCUGUCAGUCGAAUAUUUAAAUUCAUUGAUAUGCCAACCGAAGAAUCCCAAACUACGCCACCAUCAAGGAACGAGGGGCUUUCCCAAGUCCUAAUAAUUGAGAAUAAGCAUGUAAAGGAAGAGUAUAUUUGGCCUUCUGGCGGGCAAAUGGUUGUGAAGAAUCUCACUGCCAAGUAUUUAGAUGGAGGCUUGGCUAUCCUUGAAAACAUUUCCUUUUCCAUAAGUCCAGGACAAAGGGUGGGCCUUUUAGGAAGAACUGGCUCAGGGAAAAGUACAUUGCUCUUUGCUUUUUUGAGACUCCUGAAUACCGAAGGUGAUAUUCAAAUUGACAAUGUUUCCUGGAACACUGUUCCUGUGCAGCAGUGGAGAAAAGCAUUUGGAGUUAUACCUCAGAAAGUUUUUAUAUUCUCUGGAUCAUUUCGGAAAAACUUGGAUCCUUAUGGACAAUGGAGUGACGAAGAACUUUGGAAAGUUGCUGAGGAGGUUGGACUGAAAUCUAUAAUAGAGCAGUUUCCAGGUCAACUUGAUUUUGUUCUGGUGGAUGGUGGCUGUGUCCUCAGCCAUGGACAUAAACAGUUAAUGUGUCUUGCCAGGUCAAUUCUCAGUAAAGCUAAAAUUCUUCUUCUCGAUGAACCAAGUGCCCAUCUAGAUCCCAUGACUUUCCAGGUGAUUAAAAAAACUCUCAAGCAAGCUUUUGCAAACUGUACAGUAAUACUCUCAGAGCACAGACUGGAAGCACUGUUGGAAUGCCAGCGAUUUUUGGUGAUCGAAGACAAUAAAGUUAAUCAAUAUGAAUCAAUCCAGAAGCUACUGAGUGAAAAGAACUCCUUCCGACAAGCCAUCAGCCAUUCAGAUCGAGUUAAACUCUUCCCUGUCCAUCUCAGGAGCUCAAGCAAGCGCAGGUCCAGGCCUAAAAUAGGAGCCUUGCAAGAAGAAACGGAGGAAGAAGUGCAAGAAACUCGGCUGUGAAGAUGCAUGGAUGUGCUGUUGAAUUACAGUUACUAGGAAGCCUUCUGUAGGGAAAUAUUAGACCAUGGGAAUAUUGAAAAAGAACCACUGAAAAAGUGUGGGACCAAGCACUAAUUUGAGGAUUUCAGUUACUCUAUAAAUAUGCAAAAAACUUCCCUGGAUCAAAUUAGUUGUUGUGGACAAGGAGACGUCUUCUUUUAAAAGACACACGAACCCCUUCCUUCAAUAUAUAUACACACUGUAAUUUUUUAAAAUUGGAUUUUUAAAAACACUCCAAUGAUUCUCCUUCAAAAAAAAUAUAGAUCUGAAUGUAGUACUGAACAAACUUACUAUCCAGUGCACUGAGUUUAAAAA